AUGUCGGGCCUCUCGCAGCCCAUGGCUUUCCUGGCGCCAGGCGUGUCCGAGGUGGCUCCAGCUGCUCCUUCCGUCAGCCGCACCUACGCGCAGUUCUCUGAGAGGAGAUCUGCGCCAGCUGACUUGGCUUCCAACACGGCCUGGACCGUGUCCACAUCUGCUAUUGCUGCAGGUGCAGUUGCUGCGCUUCGGCGGCAGUCAACCCGGCGGGCGCAGCGCCAAAGGCUGCCUGCCCCGUUGCGCGUGGCCACGUUGGAGAAGCCGGACGUCGUAGAGCGGGAGGACAUCCGCAACAUCGCGAUCAUUGCCCAUGUCGACCACGGCAAGACCACGUUGACCAAUGCUCUCAUGAAGCAGUGUGGCAUGGAAAAGGUCAAGUCCAUGGACAGCGAUCAGCUGGAGCAGGAGCGAGGCAUCACCAUUCUAGCGAAGAAUGCCGCGGUGAAGUACAAGGGCAUUAAGAUCAAUAUCGUUGACACCCCGGGCCACGCUGACUUCGGUGGUGAAGUUGAACGCAUCCUGAACAUGGCAGACGGCUGCCUUCUGCUUGUCGAUGCAGCGGAAGGCCCCAUGCCGCAGACGAAGUUUGUACUGAGGCAGGCUCUGAAGCUGGGCAAGAAGAUCAUUGUCUGCAUCAACAAGGUGGACAAGCCCGCCUCUCGACCAGACUGGGUCCUCGACACCACCUUCGACCUGUUCGGCUGCUUGGGUGCUGAUGAUGAGGCUUGUGACUUCCCGGUGGUCUACGCCUCCGGUUUCAGGGGUGUGGCCUCUGUCGAUGGGCCCGAUGAUCUCAAGGAGGACCUGACUCCUCUGCUCGACACGAUCCUCGAGGAGACUCCAAAGCCCAAGGUUGACAACGAUGCUCCUUUGCAGAUGCUGGUGUCCAACCUGGACUACGACGACUAUGUCGGGCGCAUCUGCAUUGGUCGCCUGGUCUCCGGCGAGCUGACCGUGGGCCAGGAGAUUGGCAUCAUGUACGGCGAAGACGGAGAGCUGCGCAAGGGCAGCGUCACGAAGCUUUGGCACUUCGAGAACAACGAUCGAGUCCAGAUCGACAAAGUGAAGGCCGGGGACAUUUGUGCCUUCGCUGGCCUCACCGAAGUGACCAUUGGCGACACCGUGGUGGACCUGAACGAUGCCAGGGCUCUGCCUCCGAUCCAGGUGGAGGAGCCGACGGUUGCCAUGGAAUUCUCGGUGAACAAGUCGCCGUUCGCGGCACAGCUGAAGGAGUCCACGAAGGUCACAGCUGUCCAGAUCAAGGCCCGUUUGGAGAAGGAGUGCCUCACCAACUUGGCUCUGCGUUUUGAGCCUGGCGGCACGUCUGAGAGCUUCAAAGUGAAGGGCAGAGGGACGCUGCAGCUGGGCAUCCUCAUGGAGAACAUGCGCCGCGAGGGCUUCGAGUUCAUGGUCAGUGCGCCGGAGGUGCUGCUGCGCGAGGAUCCUGAAAGCGGCAAGAAGUUGGAGCCGUACGAGGAUGUUGCAGUGGACGUGCCUACGGAGUACCAGGGAGUUAUCAUGGAGGAGAUGCAGAAGAAAGGCGGUGUCAUGAAGGGAAUGGAGACUGGAGCCGUUGAGAACUCCUUGAUCUUGAGCUUCGAGAUCCCAACGCGUUGCACCAUCGGCAUGCCCGGCAAAUUCAUGCAGAGGACCUCUGGUACCGCGGUCAUGACCUCCCAGUUCUCACACUGGGGCGAGUUCGACGGUACGACCAUCAAGCUGCGGGACAAGGGAUCCAUCACCACAGGUGCUACCGGGAAGGCCACCUUCUACAGCAUCCUGAACUUCCAGCAGCGGGGUAAGUUCUUCGUCGAGCCGGCGGAAGAAGUCUACGCAGGGCAGGUCAUCGGCCUUCACAACAAGGACACUGACCUGGCCGUCAACAUCACGAAGGAGAAGGCAGUCUCCAACGUCCGGGCAGCCUCAAGUUCGUUCACGGUCGCGCUUCCUCCCAAGAUCCAGAUGAGCAUCGACGACUGGCUGGGACACAUGGACACCGAUGAGGUCUUGCUUGUGGAGGUGCACAUGGUGCACACCGCGGCUGAGCCGCGGGGAAGUGAUUCUUACCUGGUCUUACCCGUUUGCUUGCUCAUGGGACCCUGGCACCUUGACAGCGCCAGCCUCCUGCGAAUGGGUCUGAUUUUGCGCAUGCCUGGUCGCCUGUGCGAAGGCGUGGUGGCGUCGGAGGAGUCCUUUACGAUUCGAAGUGCCAUUGCUCCCAACAAGUGUGUUAGUGUCGUUGGGGAUUAUUUUGUCGAGCUGGCUGACUGCGAUGGAAGAUGGCAUGAGAGACAAGUUUGGUAUUUCAAUCAUACAUGGCUGGUCAACCGAUAUUACAAACUCGAUGGUCAGGCCCUGUGCCUCCUGUUUCCUGCGGCAUACUACAAGACUCACCAUGGAAGACCUCUGAGGGUAGGCAGCUGUGAAGAGGGCAGGAAGAGCAUGGACUGGGUUUGGGAGGCCAGUGGCCAUAUCAGACAUGUGCAUUCCGCUAGCGUGUUCGAUCUUCCUGGCAUCAACAUCUCGGACUUUGCCGGCUCCAAUGUGUGGAGCAGGUGGGGCCCGAAAUGGCAAACAGCCUUCGUUGAGCUAGCCGCACGCAAGAUUGUGCAAGGCUCCAUAGGUUCGGGCUUGGGGUCGCCGCAGGGCUUCGAACCGGUCGGCCUUGGUCUGAGCUCAGACGCAUACGAGGAUUAUGUGCUGAUCACGCAGAGCUCCUGUCCGGACGGGCUACGAACUGAGCACCAGUUUGCCUCAGAGAACCACCUGCUCCAGCUGCGUGCAGCUAAGGCGGUCCAGAUCAUCUUUGUCAAGGCGGCCCCAUUCGAGAUCGGUGUGUCUGCUUCUCCGGAUACUUUGCUCACGUCCUCCAGCAUACUUACGGCCCCGACACCGGCUUUUGGACUUACACAUGUUGUAGAGGCGAGCACCCAUCCGACGCGUGUGGGGACUGGCUAUAUCUGGGUCCGCUUGCCAGUGGCGUGCUCGUUCUCGGAGCUUCUGGUGCGCUGA